AUGGGCGACUGGGUGCUCGACUUUGAAGCUGAACUCAACAACCUCCGCAAUGCUCAGAGCCAAGAAGAGCAGCGCAGGAAGAAACGGUCCAUCCACAGGCUCCCUCCCCUCAUCAUAUCAGACCUCGACAAGAAAGUCUAUGAGCCCGAAAUGGUGUCGUUCGGGCCGUACCAUUACGGGGAGCCUCGCCUGAAGCCCAUGGAGGAUCACAAGCACCGCGCUCUCCUCUAUUUCCUCGAUAGAACGCGGGUGUCUCUGGACACAAUCUUCAACUCCAUGGUCGGAGUGGAGCAAGACCUCAAGGAUUCGUACGACUCGCUCCAGCCUGAGUGGCAAAACGAUACUAAAAAAUUUGUGAAGCUAAUGAUUGUGGAUGGGUGUUUCACACUAGAAAUAUUGCGGGCGAAGACACAAAAGCCUAGACGUGAUUAUUCUGACGACAAUCCCAUAUUCGGCCCUCACGGAGAACUCUAUGCCAUGCCAUUUAUCAAGCGAGAUAUGUUAUUGUUAGAGAAUCAAUUGCCGAUGCUCGUACUAUACAUGCUCAAAAGUUUUGAAGAGAAUAUUGAGGGAAACACGGAAACUUUGAACGAUCUGAUACUCGCAUUCUGUGGCCAAGGCGGUCGUAUCGCAGACAUGGGCAAAUGCCUCCACAUCCUCGACCUCUAUCGCAGGAGCUUGCUCUAUAAGAUUCCCAAAGCCAACAGCAUUCCCCCGGCACAGCACAUGUGGGACACCAUCGCUCGCUCAGCCACAGAGUUGGCUGAAGCCGGCAUCCGCUUUAAGAGGAGUGAAAGCAACAGCCUCUUGGAUAUCACUUUCGAGCACGGCGUCCUGAGUCUCCCCCAAUUGGUUGUCGAUGCCAGCACCGAAUCGAUUUUCCUGAACCUCAUUGCAUUCGAGCGGUGCCACGUUGUAGUCGGCAACUAUCUUUGUUCGUACAUCUGGUUCAUGAGCAAUAUUGUCCAGCAAGAUCCCGACAUCAGCCUGCUAAGGUCCAAAGGGAUCAUCUUCAACUUCGCUGGCAGCGACAAGGCUGUGGACGAUUUGUUCAAUACGGUGUCGAAGGAUUUGAUGAUGGAUCCCUCCAGCGACCUUUACAUGGUCUUUGAGAGCACCGCUUUCUACUGCGCGAAGCGGUGGCAUAAAUUGCGGGCGACAUUGAUUCAUAAUUAUCCAUGGACAGGUGUUUCUAUUGUCGCGGGCGUCAUCCUCUUUGUCCUCACUACAUUGCAGACUGUCUUCACUAUCUUCGAUGUCUUACGUAAAUAA